AUGGUAGCCUCUCAGACCUUCCUCGUCAUGGUUCUCGUCUCUUCGGUCAUGGGCGGCGAUCUGCACCAUGGCGGGGGGCACCUUGGAGGGUUAUUACACGGAGGAGGAGGAGGACACGGUGGACACUAUGCCCCUGUUUACAACGCCCCAGCCCACUACGCCUUCAACUACGGGGUUCAAGACGCCUACUUCGGCACCAACUUCGGCCACGCGGAGUCUCGCGACGGCUACAACACUGAGGGCGUGUACUACGUCAAUCUCCCCGACGGGCGCCUCCAGACGGUCAAGUACUACGUGGACGAAUGGGGUUACCAUCCCGAGGUCACUUACUCUGGGGUCGCGCACCACGCUGGUGGUUACCACUAGCCUAUGCCCCUUCGUGAUAGAGAGUGAUAUUUGCUUUUAUGUUUAUGCAUGCAGUGGCGCUAUUCGGUGUCACGUGUACUGUGUUGUUGGUAGUAAAUAACCUUAUAUGUAAAUGUGUUUGAUUUUUGUUUUCUUUUUUCUUUUCUGUUUUUUUAAUAAGGUUUUCGUCAAAUGGAGGUGUUAUAGAAUCAAAAAGACUAUGUGGAUGAUAUGAGCAGCUGAGAUAAACAUAUUCAGUAUUCUCAUCUACAUCUAUUAGGCUCCUAUUUCUGCAUCUCAUGUCAUGCACAGUGCAUAAGGAAAGACCUGUUC